AUGACAUCACCUUGACGGCAGACGGCAAGGACACCUACCAGGAGGUGAAGACAGCGGGGCGAUACAGGGAAUGCAAACGCACCCAGGGCGUGUCCACGACCGACCUCGUUGGCCGCAUGCUGCUUAUGACCAAGGCUCACCACAGCACCAUAGAUGAGGACCUAGACUAUCGGAAGCACACUGACAACUUUGGGAAGGGGCCAAAGGGGCACAGCCCUUGGACUGGCGUCUCGCAGUUCCUGCAGACCUCUCAGAAGAUCAUCCAGUUUGCGUCGGGGAAGGAGCCAGAGCCAGGAGACACCAUCAUCUACGUGGCCGGAGCCUUCGACCUGUUCCAUAUUGGGCAUGUGGAUUUCCUGGAGAAGGUUCACCGGCUGGCAGAGAAGCCCUACAUCAUCGUUGGGCUGCACUUUGAUCAGGAAGUCAACCGCUACAAGGGGAAGAACUAUCCCAUCAUGAACAUCCACGAGAGGACGCUCAGUGUCUUGGCCUGUCGGUAUGUCUCGGAAGUGGUGAUCGGAGCCCCCUACGCUGUCACUGCUGAUCUGCUGGAACACUUCAGGGUGACGCUUGUGUGUCACGGGAUGACCGAGGUGGUGUCGGACAAGGAUGGUUCUGAUCCGUACGAGGAACCAAAGAGACGCGGCAUUUUCCAGCUGGUGGACAGUGGCAGCAAUCUCACCACAGAUUUAAUUGUGCAAAGAAUCAUCAAGAACAGGCUGGAGUUCGAGGCCAGGAACCAGAAGAAGGAGGCGAAGGAGCUGGCUGUGCUGGAGGCCAUGAAAAGGGGGGAAGAGGAGAAGUGCUAG